AAAGUCAUUUCCAAUCUCAAGUGGACUUUGUUCCAACUAUUGGGGGCGUCGCUCCCCCUCUUCAUGGUCGCGGGCAAACUUCCUCCUCGGCGCCGCUUCUAAUGGAGCCCCACCUGCUCGGGCUGCUCCUCGGCCUCCUGCUCUGUGGCACCAGGGUCCUCGCCGGCUACCCAAUUUGGUGGUCCCUGGCCCUGGGCCAGCAAUACACAUCCCUGGGCUCGCAGCCCCUGCUCUGCGGCUCCAUCCCGGGCCUGGUCCCCAAGCAGCUGCGCUUCUGCCGGAAUUACAUUGAGAUCAUGCCCAGCGUGGCCGAGGGCGUGAAACUGGGCAUCCAGGAGUGCCAGCACCAGUUCCGGGGCCGCCGCUGGAACUGCACCACCAUAGACGACAGCCUGGCCAUCUUUGGGCCCGUCCUGGACAAAGCCACCCGCGAGUCAGCCUUCGUGCACGCCAUCGCCUCUGCCGGUGUGGCCUUCGCCGUCACACGCUCCUGUGCUGAGGGCACCUCCACCAUCUGUGGCUGUGACUCGCACCACAAGGGACCGCCUGGCGAGGGCUGGAAGUGGGGCGGCUGCAGCGAGGACGCCGACUUCGGGGUGCUCGUGUCCCGGGAGUUCGCAGACGCGCGCGAGAACAGGCCAGACGCACGCUCGGCCAUGAACAAGCACAACAACGAGGCGGGCCGCACGACCAUCCUGGACCACAUGCACCUCAAGUGCAAGUGCCACGGGCUGUCUGGCAGCUGCGAGGUCAAGACCUGCUGGUGGGCCCAACCCGACUUCCGCGCUAUCGGCGACUUCCUCAAGGACAAGUACGACAGUGCCUCGGAGAUGGUGGUGGAGAAACACCGUGAAUCCCGCGGCUGGGUGGAGACCCUCCGUGCCAAGUACGCGCUGUUCAAGCCGCCCACCGAGAGGGACCUGGUCUACUACGAGAACUCCCCCAACUUCUGUGAGCCCAACCCCGAGACGGGCUCCUUUGGCACCAGGGACCGGACUUGCAAUGUCACCUCCCACGGCAUCGAUGGCUGCGACCUGCUGUGCUGUGGCCGCGGCCACAACACGAGGACGGAGAAGCGGAAGGAGAAAUGCCACUGCAUCUUCCACUGGUGCUGCUACGUGAGCUGCCAGGAGUGCGUCCGCAUCUACGAUGUGCACACCUGCAACUGUCCAAGACACCCAAGUUUCCACGGCCAAAGCAGGAAGCCAGGAUUUCCCCGAGCGUCUGUGGGGAUGGUCCCUGGGCAGCUUUGGGCGGAUUACGCAAAGGCACUGGGAACGGGUGAAGUGUGUGGCUGGGCAGAUUCACCGAAGUCCCGUGGGAAAGCAGGACCUGGAGCCGGGCUCAGCCCUCAGCACCAGGCAGCCAGGAACCCGGACUGUUGCCAGACGCCCGUGCGGUAAAUGACCUGGACCCGAGCUGCCCGCUGCUGGGGAGGCCUCCCUCGCCCUCUCUCUUAAGUUUCUCACCCUGCUGUGGAUGGUGUGUGGUUUUUAAAGAAGGGGCUUUCUUUUUAGUUCUUUAGGGUCUGAUAGGAACAGACCCCAGGCUUAUCUUUGCACAUGUUAAAGAAAAUAAAAAUGGAAAAAAAAAAUUCUACUCCGACAGAACAGGCUGGGCUGCCGUGAGCUCUCUGCCUGGUGGUGAAGACCUCGGCUGGGGCAAGAUUCUCUUUCCAGAAGGCGUCUCCUGGUGCCAUGCAAGAUGCCUGUGUGGUGGGCGUUAUGAAGUAGGACAGAGCCCAGCAGUCUCCUUUUCUCUGUCUCCUUCUGCUCAGAUCUGAUAGACCUCCACAUUCUCACGAAAGCCAUAGGGUUAGCUAGGAUCCAGUGGGAGGGAGGCCCAAAGCAAUUGUGGGGGUGGGCUUGGGAGUCCUGAAGAAUCAGGAGCUCUGGGUGGCCUGGCAGGCUGUUGGAAGAGCGGCUGGGUCUUGUUCUCAGUCUCGCUUCCUCUGCAGCCCUGUUCCGCACUUGAGGCCCUUGUGAACCACAGUCCCAGCGCCUGGUCUCCUGCUCCCCUUCCUCGCUGUCUACCAGGAAUGCAGGGCAGGGCUUGGGGGCUUUUUUUUUUUUUUUUUAAAGGAUGAACCGAUGUAAAUAGGUUAUGUUUAAGGGGGUGUGAGCCUUCUGCAGCUCCAUUGGGCUUCCUAAUGAAAGAAGCGGUAUCUUUAGAAGGGGCCAUUCACUCCCUCCCAGCCCUGCUCCCUGGCAGAUUCCCCACCCAAACAACUCCAGGGAGAGCAGCUGGGAGUCUAGGUCGCCUGGGUAGAAAUCAGACAAAGGGUCAGAGACAGAGCAGCGGCCGAUUCCUGAUGUUCCAACUUGGUGACUUGUAGCUAGGGAGGAUAACAUGGCUCCUUAGUUCCCUCUCCGAUAAAGACCUGUCUUCCGGCCUCCUUUCCCUCCUUUGGCCUGUGCGGGUAAAAGAGAAACGCAGAGUUCUUUAACACACACCUGCUGGCCUCACCUGUGUGCAGAGAGCCCGCCAGUCCACGAAGUUCCCAAGUAUCUGGAGGAGGUGUUCUAAGGCGGGCAAGCAGUCACUUGCUCCCUCCGGUAAAACCUCUCUCCGCUGAGCUCCCCGUGCUCCACGCAGGUCCUCUCAAGAGUCCUGAACGGAGGCCAGUGGAUCAGACAGCACAAACCCAGGCCACAGCUCUGUCUUAGGGAGAAUCAGGAAGAAGAGAGGCGGCAGGGAUAGAGACGGGAAAAGAGUUGUUUCUUCCUUUCUUUAGUCCCUUCUCUCUUUGGUCUAACACUGACCUCAGCUGUUGGGUCAAGUGAUCUUCCUGCUCUACUCAGGCAGGCUUGCCAAGACCGUCUAGAAGCCAUGCCCGCACUCUUGAAUCUGUGGGCAACGAGCCCGGCUACAGAUACACCUCCCAUCCCCUGUCCGGAGAGUCCGAAAUGCCCCUCCCCAUCUCACCUUAGACUGAAAAGUUUUCAAUCAUGUCAACCGGAUAAUGCUUGCUUUAUGUGAGAAUUAUUUCAGCAGAAUGGAUACAAAUUUUCAGAACAGUCUUUUCAUAUCUAUGUAUUCUAUAUUAAAAGUGAUAAAGUCAUGUUUCUGGGGCGUAUUCAAGUAGCUGACAAGUAAUUAUUUAAUAAUAGUACACUGAGCACAUUGUAAUUAUUCUCGCCGUAGUCAGGUAAUAGUAUCCAACCGAAAUUUCCUACCGACCUGCUGUAUCCAAAGUUUUGUAAAAAGUUGUAGAAGUUGUUGAUCUUUUUGAUUUUAUAUUCAAAAAGUCUCUUUUUAUAAAUAUUAUUUAUUAUACAAUGUAUAUACCUUUGA